AUGGCUCAUUGGGUCGGUGCUGGAGGCGUUCUCGCUCGCUCUUUCGGUCAGGCAGAUGACCAUGGCCUACACAAAGCCCCUUCGAACAGGGGAGCCAGAUUACCCGUCAUCCUUCACGAUGAUUACUACGAAUACGACUCGGACGACCCGUCGCUGUACCCGCGCCCGAGGGGUUGGGACUUGGACCACGACAUAGCAACACUACCAGCCGCGGACUGGUCACCCAAGCAGCCGCAGUUUUUUGUCAUCAGGGAAGGGACGCCGGCUUCGAGGGAAGAGCGGGACGAGCAUCGCCACAUUGUCCCCCAAAGGAACGAUGGACACCUGUCGCCAGAGCCCGCUCCGGUCGCGUGUUUCAUGGAAAGAACAAAUUCAGGUCGCACCAUCUUGACCGAAUCGGACUCGCUCGCUACUGUUGGGUGCAGCGAUUUCUCACCAGAAGAAGACAAAGCCGCUGCGGCUAGGGUGAGGAGCUACAUGAACAACCCGCGGCGCGAUGUAAGGCGACAUGAACGCAUCUUAAGAAGCCUUAUCCACCCCAAAGACCACAGGGGUGCCGAUUUUGCGCUCGACGAGACCGCCCUCGAGUCCAUCUUCAGUGCGGCAGACGAGAUCUUCUUCCAAGGUCGCUUGUCACGCCGUGUGCAGUGGGAAUGGUCGUCGAGCGAGCAGAACGACUACAGCAGCCGGAUCAUCGGGACCACUGCGCUGCGCGAGGCUCAGCCUCCAUUGAUGGGGGGAUAUGAGACGCUCAUUGUCUUGAGCAGCCCUUUACUCAGGGACACAAAGUUCAACCGCCGACUACUCAUCUCGACAUUUCUACACGAGCUCAUCCACUCGUACUUAUUCAUCUGUUGCGGUUUCAAAGCGCGGCACUGCGGCGGCCACACCCAUGGUUUCAGGGAGAUUGCCGCUGCCAUCGACGACUGGGCUGGGAGGGGCACACUCAGGCUGUGCGAUAUGGAAGCGGAUCUGGCGCACUUCAAGGAGGUGGAAAGAAGCUCGGUCAUCGAACGCUCCCAGCCGAGCCAUUACGACUUCGGCUGUAGCGGCGACUCGGUCGAUCGGCGUUUUGAUACGGCAUGGAGCACCGGUCCUCGGGUCGUCUUCCACACCUAUGGGAGCGUCAGACCAGCGUCGAAUACCAGCACCCCACUAUCAUCAACCUCUACACUGGUCAGCCAAGGCCAAAGAGAGAUUUCCAAGUCCGAUGAGGCUAUCCCGCACAUGUUGGAGAUGGCCGCCCAUACGUUCGCUGGGUCAGGAACGAGAGGUCGUUACUGA